GUGGCCCCCUCGGUUCCACCUGUCCAUCCUUUUCCGCGUCCACAUGGUGGCGGACAAAUCCAGAAAGGGAGCAGUCAUUCAAGAAAUGCCAUGCUGAAGUGCCACGAGGCCACGGAGGACCUCCGGACACCGGAUCAGACGCAGCUGCCCCCCGGCUGCUAUUUUCACUCAGCUUAAAUCGCCAUGGGCAGCCAGCAUCUGCGCCAUGGGCCACCGACAACAACCAGUGUGUCUUUACGCGCCAUGAAGUCCACCGCAGGCCACGACACCCAGAGUUUGCCCUCUGACCCCGACGAGCUCGACAGCGGGAGCGACAGCUCGGAGAAGUCCACCGGUGCCGGGAGUCCCACACGGGGCCACAGACGGCGCGGGGUCCGCAGACUCGCGGGAAUGAGCAAACAGCGUCAGGCGGCAAACGCGCGGGAGCGAGACCGCACGCACAGCGUCAACACGGCCUUUACGGCUCUGCGCACCCUCAUCCCUACGGAACCGGCGGAUAGGAAGUUGUCGAAAAUCGAGACGCUGCGAUUGGCCUCCAGCUACAUAUCGCACCUGGCCAACGUGCUUCUCGUCGGGGAGGACUGCAGGGACGGACAGCCGUGCCUGAAGUACCACAAUAUAUUGCAAAGCAACAACAACCUCAAAAACCCACAGAUACGACCCAUCUGCACGUUCUGCCUUAGUAACCAAAGGAAAAUGUUAAAAGAUGGUGACAAGCACAUGACCGCGUGACAGCAAGGGCUCUCCGACUGACAGCUGCCAUGCACGAGCCUCCAACUUUGAAUGUUUACAUGUAAAGAGAAAUCAACCUUGCACAGAGACUAAAUAAUCCUGCUGUAUAUGUUUUUUUAUGUUGUUUCUGAGGACAGACGUGAAGAAGAUUGGCAACAAAUCUACAAAUAGGCCCACUGCACUUUUUUUCUUUUUUUCCCGCGUUUGCCGUCCCCCUUAUCAACCGUGUUUUGGUUAAUGUAACCGGAGAGCGCGUGUAACGUUGCACCUGGUGGACGGCUAUUUCAGUAUCAGAUAUAGUAUCAACACCGUCCCCAUGCCUUAAAAAAACAGUCCGGUGUCUGCCUGUGCACGUCACAUGAUGGUAAUCAAAACCCUGCGGUUUGCAGUGGUUGCUGUCAGUACGACGGCGGGCUAAAUCUCAUCCCCUCCCUCUCAUCAUGGGAUCCCAACAUGGCACUCGGGAGACCAUAAACAAGAUUCAGAGGUCUCGGUUGGGUUGGGCAAAGCAUGUUUAAAAUUUAUUAAGAAUUUUAAAUGCCACAUGACAAGUUUUAGAGUAGCUGGAAACCGGUGCCACUGAAGGAUGGCGGGCAAGUGCAGGGUUCAUGACCCUGAUCCUAAAAUCUAUGGCCCUGUCCCACUUUUAAGUCAACGCUGUUGAUUAAAUGUUACAUUACUGCUGGAUAGUAUUGCACACUUUAUCAAAAGGGUCACAGUGUGCCCUCAUACAACCUUCUAGGUCAUAAAGUGCGCACUACAAAAUGUUGCAUUAUACUCAUAUUCAUUUAAAGAUACAAUUUUUCAUUUUUUGUCACGUUGUUUAAAAUCACGGUGUGCACUUAAUGCAUGUCAUUGCAGACUAGUUCCCCACGACCGAUUCUUCAUUUUUAGGAAAGAGCUCAUCGAAGGUUGUUUAUGCACUUAAAUUUGCACUAUAAGGGAAGAGUCAAACUAGUAAGACGUAUUUGCUCUGGAUUUGGAUCAGAUGCAUUCAGUCUAGUAAUGAAGGCAAUGGGUUUGUAAUGUGCGCCUAAAGGCGAGAGCAAAUGAAAAGUGACCGUAUUUUAAUAAGGUGCACAUUGUUCCAAAAAUAUUUCAUUUUUUUGUUGUUGUUG